AUGCAUUUUAGGUUGGUGGCUGCUACAAAACCAGCAGAAUACAAGACCAUGAAGCAUAAAAAGCGAGUUUAUGUGGCUAUUAUCCUCACAUGGAUCUUCAGUAUAGGAAUAUCGCUUCCUUUAGGUACUGGCUUCAACACACGAACUAAGCACUUUUUGUUAACCGAACAUCACUGUGGGAUUUAUAACCCAAUGUAUAUGUUAGGCAGUAGCAUAUUUGCCUUCUAUCUGCCAUGUUUUGUCAUGCUAAUCACUUACGGGUAUAUUUUCUAUACAUUGCGGAAGCGACUUCGAGCAAUUCAGCUGCAGGAAAUGGCCGGAGGGCAGUUCCUCGGAUUUGGUGCGGAUGUCGGUAAUAUAACAACAUCUGCGAUUCAAUCGGUCAUUGGAAUAGCACCAAAAAAUCGAAAUAUGAUUACAUGGGAGAAACCGCUUCUUCGAAAAAUUGAGGAAACUGCUGCAGAACACGCCAGUUCACUGAACGACAGUGAAAGAGAACAGCUUCAAACAAUCCUGGAAGCUGUUCAUCCUUCCUCUUCGGGAAGCCAGGACAACACGACUAUUGAAGACGACAACGAUCGGCCUCCUUCGGUCCUCUUAGAAGCUGUCACGCUUAAAUGUGAAAACUCGAAUCAUGGCCCAAUGUUAGAGCUUCCACGGCCCGCAUACACCAAGAAGUAA